GGGCGGCGCGGAUCCCGCCGCCCCCGGGGCCGCCGGGCGAGCACCGGGCGCGGGGGCGGGGGUCGCUCCGCCGGGCGGCCGCGCUCAGCGGCGGGGGCGCGGAGGAGGGGCCGGAGGCGGCGAGGCCGGCGGGGAGAAGGGGGAGCCUUCCUCCCGCGUUCAUCGUGACAGGAGCGGGCCCGGGGGCGGCGGGAGCGGGGAGGGGCGGGCGCCCUCCGCCCGCCGCCCUCCCUUGCGGGCGCUGCCGGGCCGCCUCGGGGGGGAAUUUCCCCUCAGCCGUGCCCCGGGCUCCCUCCCCCGCCGCCGCCAUUUGCUAGGCAGGAGCGAUGCGCAGAGAGCGGCGGCGGGGAUGGGGCUGGGGGGUCCCGGAACGCAUGGAGGGACGGGGUGGUGCGGGCAGGCAUCAGCGUGUGAGCCGCGGGCAGGGGACCCGAGAGCCCCGCCGGGCCGGGCGGCCACAGCACUGGUUAGGGAUGUCACGGCUCCCAGCAGCCGGCUCCAGUCCGGCGUGGGGCUUGCGGAACAGGCGGGAGGCGCAGGGGCUGCCGGAGAGCCGGGUGUGCGCAGAAUGCCGGUACCGGGCCAUGUGCGGGUACCGGGCCAUGUGCCGGUACCGGGCCAUGCGCAGCUGUCCCCGCUUCCUGUGCCUGCGGUGGCAGCGCCGUGGUUUCCUUUGUGCUCGCUCUCGGCUCCCCCGGCACGGAAGCCUGGGCAGGGCCGUGGCAAGCGGAGCAAACCCCGGCUCGGGGAACGCGGCAGAGCGGGGGAGCGGGCACGGCGCUGCUGCGGGCAUCCGCAGGCGGGCCGGCCCGGGGUGUUGGUGCUCCGUGCAAAGCAGCCGGUGCUAAGGCAGCAGACGGAUGGACUGCGGCCCUGCCGCUCCGACAGGGGCUGCGGAGCCGGGGGACACCAUUGUUGGGUCCCACUCUGCAGGCGCAGCGGUGACAUCCCCUCCCUAAAGCUCGGGGCGCGCCAGCCACCCGACCUCCUCCCCCCGAGGGAGCAAAAUUAGAUUUUGCCUUCACAUUUGUAGGAGCUGGCGCCAGCAGUGGGUAUCUGGCCUUCAUUUCGAAUAUGGUAGCCUUCACAUGAAGUUUAAAUGUGAAUUAGUAGUUGAUAGUGCCAUUUAUUGUCUGUGUUUGAAAGCUGGCCUUGACAGUAGAAGGAUCUCUUUUUAAUGUGUUGUAUAAUCAUCAGGAAAAAACUUUAAUAAAUAGUUUGUGUGUUUUACUAUGGACUGUCAAUUCAAACUAGUUGUGUAGACUUAAAGUAUUCCCUAAUCAAGAAAUGGGUGUACAGUGACAAGACAUUCCAGCACAGAUCUGUCUUCAGAUCCCACAGGAGUCCACAGGAGGAUACAAAGCUUAGAGCAGAAGAGGCUAAGGCUGGACCUCUCUUGUGCUCAGAACCAGCUUACCCCCAGCUUUCUAUGUCCUGCCUUUUUGACAGAGCAUCCCCCCAGUCACUGAGAGAAAGAAAAAUUUCUAAUGAGCGGGAGAGAGACCAACGUGAGGGAGAAUGCUUUGUUCACAAGAACUGACUGAUAAGUCUACUUUUAAUUAGUUGGGGUUUGAAAUAGAAAUGAAGGAUCCAUGCUGUGGAGCGGCUGCUCCAAGGGGGUACAGGUCUCUCAGUUCACUUCACACAGGGUUGCUGGUGGACCACCUCUGGGGCAAGUCAGAGUAAUUACACCUCUUGGUAUUGAUCAGACAGGUGGAAAGACUUCUAAGACUCCUGUGCUUUCAUGUAGCCUGCAUUUUACUUUUGAUGCUUUGCUCUGUUGGGGGAAACAACAAGGAUCUUCAUAUGGCCAUGUGUAUCUUGUAAACAGCCUUAUCAGUUUUGGAGGAGAUUGGGAAAAAAAAGCAACAGAAUUUCCUCUAUUGAAAACUCUAGUUUCUUGAAGACCUAGGGUGAGAUUUUUUUUUUCCCCCAGUAACCCUAAAAAGAACAUGUUUGUAAAUGUGGUCCCCUGAGGUCUAUAAAGUUUUACUUGAAAUUUCUCUGGGCAAGCAAUAAUUUUUCUCCCCAGAGGAAAGUAGAACAACGGGCUGAGAAGUAGCGUCUUCUGGUUUACCCUCUGAAUUAUGUUUCCUCAGCUUUCAUGAAAGGUUUGACCCAACAAGCUAAACCCCACCAAGAAAACAGGAAAAUUAACUGAUAAGGGAAAAAUAAUUUUAUAUAGAAAAGGGGCAAGAUGUUAAUUCACCAUUAAGCACAUUUGUUCAUGUUCCGUCUUCUUUCCUCUUUUCCACUUUAUAAAGCUUUUGAAAGAAAAUAUCUGUUCUAAAUAAGCUGGCUGAGAAAAAGGAGACAGGGACUGUAAGAAAUACGUCUCCAAAGUUAAUGUUUUUUAAGUCAUGCUUGUUCAGGAAGAGGUAUUGAGCUGGGUGCUUGCCCCUCAUGGCACAUUUGAAAGUAGAUGUUGCAAGGAGACACCACUCUUCAGGCACCAAAACUGCAUCUGUGCCAUCACAAAACAUUUUAGAAUCAUAAAAUCAGUGGUACUGAAAUUGUGACCCAUGAGCAGAAAAAGUUUUUAAAAAAUUGAGGCUCAUGCACAUGUACCAGCAACUCCCUUCUCUGGAAUGGAAACUAUCCAAAUGUCCUAGGAGAGAAUUGAGCCCUAGGAAAGCAUUCAAGUCUAUUGAAGCAAAAAUAUUUCUUUUGUCUAGGGACAAAGGUUCUUUACUGACUUGCAGAAACACCACAUUUAGAGCUGAGAAGUCAUCUACCCAUACCAACUUUGUUGGUAUGGGUACAAUACAAAUACUACAAAUACUAAAAUACUCCUCUGGGUCUGCAUCUGGUUUGUAAGAGAACAUAAUUUCAAUCUGGAUGAUUAACAUUUUUUUUCUGAUUAUAAUAAGUAACUGUUACUCUGAAUGGUAUCAGUGACCAUCAUAAGCUCAAAAGUGGUCUGAUAUGAAUAAGAUGCUGGAAUGAAACUGCAUGACCUACAGUACUACAAUAAUUACCUGAAACAGCAUUGCUAUCUUCUCAUUAAAUAAAAGGGAUGAAAAUUACCUGUUUUUCACAAAGCUUAUUAGAAUUUGGGGUUGUGGUUUCUGACAGACUGGUCAGUGAAAACAAAAAGCAGAGACAUUAAUUUUAAUUUCUACUUUCUUUUUUUUCAUCUUUCCUCACACCCCACUCCAAUAUCAACAGAGAAAAACUGCACUUCUGAGAAAAAAGCCUGGUGGUUUCACAGCCAAAAACAAUUUUUCCCACUAGAGUGGAACCUGGAUGACAAAUCGCCAAGAGCUGACCAUCAGAAAUAAAAUAACAAAACAAAUUUCACCACUGCCAAGCACAUUCCUGCUUCUCCACGUGCAAGGAUCACGCCAGCCUUGUGGACAGAGCAGGCUGGAACUGCCAGGCUGCCUGUAAAGGUUUCUCACUCGUAAAAACCAGGAUCCAGUUCCCACGACAAGGGCAGGCAGUGGCUGGAGGAGAUCCUUUGGAGAGGACCAUGACAUGAGCAUCCAUGUAAGAAAUGCUUGUAGGAGAGGCAAUUUCCAGGCCAUUUCCAGGAGAACAGUGAGGCGAGGAAAGGCCACAUCAUAGCAAGACAGGAGCUCUUCUGCUAAACACAACUGAGAAUUCUGCUGUUUUGCUGGGAAAUGUAUCACAGCUUAAACAUGAAAAGACCACAAGAGGACACUAUGGUGCCACUUACCUUCAAAGUUUAUUUACUUUAAGGAACUUCUGCUUCAUUUGUAGAACUGUUUAUAACUGUGUUUGAUACAUGGAAUAGCCAUUUCUACAAGGAAACCUUAAUCUCAUCUUUAGAAACUGAAAAGUUGCCUAGUCUUUGAGAUACCAUUUCUUCCCUACUCACACAGGUUCUGCACAUUCAAAUAAGAACUGUAUCAAGGUUUUCUACAACAAAUUUGUUAAACAUGGCAGUAAUUUUUAGUGGAGAAUUAAGAUGCUGGAAGGAAUACUACUCUGCAGAUCAAUUUUCAGAUCAGUUACAUUUUUAGCCUGGGUAGGUUUGUCAUGGUCUAUUUAAUUUUUAAUAAAGGGUUCAGAGAAGAAACUGAGCACAGGCCUAGACAAGAUUAUUGAGAUGCUAUGUUUAUCUACAGGAGGCAACUCAGGAAGAUUAAUCCAAAUCCAAAGCUGUUUUAAACUUUUUACAAAUGUUUGUAUUCCAGUCUAAAGGAACCUUCUUUUGAAUUGUGUGAUAAGACUUGUAUUAACUUCAGUUUUAAUCUCAGUUUGAUCUUUAUUUUAUUUCUCAGCAACAGCCCUCAGGGGAACUUGAAUUCUUGUUUCCUGGGCUUUAUGUUUUCCUUUAAUUGCAAAAUCAACAAAAGAAAUAUUUUAUGUAAACAGACCAGGUGCUGAGAAUGGGCUUCAGAGGAAAAUGCCCAUUAUACAGAGGAAAGAAUCAUCUUAAUGGAGUUUAUAAAACAAUCUGGGGAGAAACAACAACAAAAGAGCAGAAUUAAGUGCCCUCUCAUUUGAGUUCUGAUUGUUAGGACCAGAGCCUUAGUUAGAAGCAGCAAUGUUUUUCUGUUGUAAGAUAAAUGCUGAACAUUGUUUACUUAGCUUGUUUCUUUUCUCCCCUCCACUAUUUGUUGUCUCAUGACAAGCAACUGAACCAAGUCCAAUACCUCUCUGAGGUCACAGGUUUUGGAAGGAGGGGUUUGUUGUUGCUUUGGCUUUGGGGAAGAAAAAAAAAAAGUCAUAAUGAAGUUAUAAAUAAAUGUGAAGUUUAGUGAGGAACUUUUUUCAUUUCUCUGGUGACAUAAGAUUAAAAAAAAGAUAACUAUAAUAGCAGCAAAUAACCAUUCCCAUGUCAAAUUGUUCUAUGUGGAUAUAAAGCUUUUAGGUAAAAUAGCGAGACAAAAAAUCAAGACCAGAUUUAAAAAAAGGAAUUUAAAAAAAAAAAAAAAAAAAAGGAAGAAAAAAAAGAAAAAGAUAAUUCUUGAGCCACUGAAUCAAGCCUUCCAGAACAGUCCAAGUAGGGUUAUCCAGGAUCAAAGUCUGUCCUGAAAAUACUAACUAAAAUACUCCUCUGGGUCUGCAAAUUAAAUCCAACAAAUCUUAAGAGCAAAUGAAAACCACUAUCAGUGGGAAGAAUAUUCUGGUUAUUUAAUUCUUUUGUAGUUUAAACAUGUUACAGUUUCAGAAUUUGAAGCAGUUUGAUCAUUUCCAUAUGUAUAAAUCCAGAGAAGGGUAAACACAACUGCUGCUUUCAAUAGCCAAUGAAAGAAAUCCAAGCUGCUGCAAUCUCACUUUGCUUUUUCACUCCUCCCCUCCCCUAACAAUGAGCAUGGUUAACCCAGUCACUGACACGAGCAGCAGGAAUCCCUUGAAGGAGGAAAAGGUUCGUUCUAUGGUGCAUAUGCCCGCUGAACCUUAGGUGCAAAAUCAAACAAAGUAAUAAACUCAUAUUUGUAUAGGUGGUUAGACCUAAUGCACAGUGUUUGCUGACCUUGAAACAGAAAUACGCUGGCAUGUUGCUGGAGCAGCUCAAUGGCAUGCAAGGAGUGUAGAGCAGUUUGUAUCCAAUGUAAAACAUGCAGGAGUCCUUCCUUGGACCACACAAGUCACCUGCUGGGUGAAGUUUGAUGCAGGACCUGAACUGCUCAGAUUUGAGGUGACAGAGCUGUCACGUGUGUCAGAGCAGCAGCAGACUUUGGAGGUUUGGUUUCCAGCAUCACCACUUGCCCAGAUGAGACGACUCAGAGCUGAAGUUAUUUAUUUCUGUGGAUGCUACAGUCUAUUAUUCAGGAAGAGCAUAGUACUAGGGGAAGGGCCCUGGCGCCAACCUUUUAGAACCAAAUCAAUAGUCUGCAUCAAUAUUUUGCCUGUAGUUCUUGGCUCUUCAUAUCACAUAUGUAAAAGCAUGAGCCUUCAAUUGUUUAAGAGGCCUUCAACUUUGAAAAUCAGACUAAAGUGCUUUAUAAUACAUAGAUUUUGAGAUUUACAGAAAUAGUAAUAAAUAUUUUCAGAAUUCGUGUUAGCCCAACUCAUUAUUUAGAAGAGGUAAGUCAUGACUUGCAUUCUUUCUUUUGGCAACCAACAAAGCUUAUUAUAAAGUUUCUGUCUCAGUUAUAUCUCGUACUUCACUGUUACCAGCCAUGAUAGAAUCUGUCAGCUGAACUUGAAUGCCUUCAAAUUUCCAAUGCAAAUGGCUGUUAUUAAUUGGGGCAGGGCAAAGGCAUUCAAUUGCAGCAUGAAUCAUCCUCCCAUUGGGAGGUAGAAAACAGAGCACAAUCAUUUUAUGCUUGAGCUGUUACAAAUGCAGAGUUGUGAAUACUACAAGCUGCUGUCAGGGCUGGAGACGCCAGCACUAGAGUGAAGGGUCACUAGUUUUUCUGAGACCAGUCACAGCUGUAUCUUACAUGAUUUUACUUUUGAAAUUAAUUUCUAAUAAGAUGACUUUCUACCAUGUUUCAAGUUGUGUGGUUUUGAUCAUUUAAUAAAAAUA